AUGCCUCCUGUCACCAAGGACGAGCAAAUUGUCUUGCUCUUCUCCUGCAUCAAGAACAGCAAAGGCGCAGGCCAGAUCGACUGGAGCGGCGUCGCCACAGAUACCGGCCUCACUACCAACGCCGCCAAGCGCUACAACAAACUCGCCAACGACUAUGGGGUCCGUGGAAUACUGCGCAGCAGCUCUGGCCGCGUUUCUGCUGCUCGUCCCAAGAAUCGCGCUGGAGAUGAAGAAGGAGAGCAAGGAAACACGCAGAAAGAUUCGUCGCGAGCAAAGGGAAAGGGACGCCAAACGGGCAGAGAAGGAGGCUCGAAGAAGCACAAGAUGAAGCACGAAGAAACCUCCGAAGACGAAGACGAAAAUCAGUCUGAGAAGGCCGUCGACUACGAUGCCUUGGAUGCCGUUGAUGGCGAAGAGGAGAAGAUCAAGGCUGAGCCUGAGAUUGAAGAUCGCGAUGAAGAGGCUGUUGCUUGA